AUUAUGUACGAUCGAUAAUAAAGUUUGUAAUUAUCUGCAGAGUCAUCACGUUUUAUUCAGUCGUUGAUAAAAAAAUGUAAAUCAUCUUUGGAGAUCCUUGGAGAUUUAUAAAACGAGAAAAACAACAAACAGCCGAAGGUGGUUGAAGAGAACCCGAUGCCUGAUGUAAAACGCAGGAAUGUGUGUAGAGUACAAGAUACACAAGCUCACAGAUGCGAUUUGCCUUAAUCAACAAUGUUAUAAAUAGCGCAAUAUACAUGGUUUCCAGUAAUACAUAAUGAUAAUGAUUCACUACUAAUGAUAUUGAUUACUCGAUAAGACUCGAUAACGACGUUACGCGUCUUCCCGCUUUAUCGCUUAAUUGGCGCACUCGGCUCGACGUAGAGCGAGUGUAAUGAACGCGCCGGAACCCCCGGCCGACCAAUUUUGAUUCAUCAACAGGUCGACCCGAGCGACCCAGAGUGUUGACGCGGUUAAACGAAUUAAUUCGUUUGUGCCACCCGCCACGACCAAGCGAGCGACUCGCGAGUAAUCAAGUAUGCUCAUUAAAUUAGCUCGGGAAGGGGGAAAACACGCUUUUGCAUCGCGCUAAUUGCAGUCGCAAAACAACACUGCACUUCUACAGAAUCGUUUGAUAAAGCUGCACGAUAACAGUAUUGUUGGAGUGUGGCUCAAUUCGCAGCGUUAAAUGUCAAAGAUGCAGUGGUUAGCCCUGAUGAUAUGCCUAUACGCUGGAGUGGCCAGCGCGCGCACGGAGGAGGACCAGCAGACAUCGAGUGCGAGCAGCGUCUCAAACUCCCUUCCAGAACAGUGUUUUUAUAGGCACCAAACAGACUGUGUGAACUUGAAUUCAAAGUGUCCUUGCAAAAGGAUAACGCUUGCAAACAUACCCGAAGGCAAUGCUGCACUCUGCUGCAAUACAGAUCAACAGGCUCUAGAACAUGGUCUUUCUUGCAUAGGGUUCCAACAUUCAAAUAUAAGUUAUGUACACAUACGUAACGCAACCUUGGAUGUGUUUAAUGUAAGUGAAGUUCGUUGGAGGAUGUUGAAAUCUCUGGCCAUAACUGAUGGCAAAAUCAAUAAACUGCGCGGGCAAUUUCGUAUGAUGACGCCCAUACAGUGUCUGAAUCUCUCGAAUAAUGAGCUACGUGAGGUAGAGAAUAAUUCGCUGACACGAUUGGCACAGCUGACCACUUUGGAUCUGUCUUAUAAUAAACUCACUUACCUUCCAGCUUUAAAUACGAUGAACGGCCGAGAAUUCUGGUUAGACAUCUCGGGAACAAAUAUACUGUCAUGUCACGAUGUGUAUCAGUAUAUCAAUAAAACGGGCGAAAAGCAAAUUACGUUUAAUCGUGAGAAUGAGACGGUGUGUUCCUCCUUGGCAACGUGGCAUUGGUUCAACACCACUGAGCAAGUGCCUCUUUCACAGGUUCUUUACCUCAGUUUGUUGCAAACAGAAUGUCCAAAAGGCGACACCUGGCAAUGUCAAUGCAAUAUCGUGAGGCUUGACAUUAUUGAAGGCAAGCCACCUACACAUGCUGUAAAUGUAGAUUGCAGCGGCAUGCAGUUGUUAGAAUUACCUGAGAAAUUACCCCAAAAUACUAUAUAUCUUAAUGUUUCCUACAAUAAUAUUACCAUUCUAGAUGAUCUCAGUACUAACCCAUAUUAUGAAGAUUUACGAGAAUUCUAUGCGGAUUAUAAUAAUAUUUCCUCGAUAAACAAAUUGGAAGGUUCCAAAUUUUUAGAUAAUUAUGCCAUGCUGAGUUUGCGAUACAAUAAAAUUAAAUCACUGCCAACAUAUAUAUUAAGUCCAAGCGCACAUGAUAAGAACUUUAUGACUACUUUUUCGAGGAAUCUAGUGAGAUUAGGAGGUAACAAGUUGCAUUGUGAUUGUAACACCGCUAAGCAUUUGAAGGCAUGGCUACAAACGCGAAUACUCGACUCCGAUGAAGUAAUGUGCGAAAAUGUAAAAGAAAAAGUUGUAGACUUAGAACCAUCAAAGAUGUGCGUGUAUCCAGGAGAUUGGACGGAUUACAUAUAUUACAUUAUUGCUACCGAAGUGAUACUUUUGAUAGGUUUAAUAGCCAAAGUAUCUUAUGACUAUUGGGUGUUCAAAACGGCAGGAUAUCUUCCAUGGCCAGCGAAUAAAAUGCCAAAGUUGCCAUGCGAUUGGUUGUUCGAAACAUAGAUAGUGAGAAUUUCUAACAUAUGAUGAAACGAAUGUACAAUACGAUUCUUCUUUUUAUAGGAUAUAAAUGUGCCUUUAUAAUGUGUUAGACUACUUUAUCGAGUAUCUAAUGCUGUAAGAUUUUUAUCUAGCUCUUCCAAUCCAGAGAGAAUAGGAUUUCGAAAUAAUCUGUGUAUAAGAAGUCCAUGACAAGUAUUUUGGUAAUAUUCAAUUAGAGAAUAUGUGCAAUUAUCAAGAAAUGUCAUUGUAUGAAAUUUUAUAUAUAAUUUUAUAUAU